AUGAAGGUUGGCAUCUCUGAUGACUUCUUUAAACUCGCUGGCCAUUCCCUCUUGGCCACCAAGCCCAUCUCGCGAGUUGAACAGCGUUUCAAUGUUCGCGUCACUGUGAAAGACGCCUUUGACAAUCCCGUCUUUGCGCAUCUCGCCGUCGUCAUUCGCGAAGGACUUGCUUCACGAACCACGCUGACUAAUGGUCAAGACAAGCAAGGCUGGUCUGCCCGUGUCGCUCCUCGGACUGAGACUGAGAUCAUCUUGUGUGAUGAGGCAUCCAAGCUUCUUGGUAUUGAAGUCGGUAUCACGGAUAACUUCUUUGACCUUGGUGGACAUUCGAUGAUGGCGACGAAGCUGGCCAUGAGGCUUGGUCGGCGAUUGGAUGCUACUAUAGUGGUCAAGGAUAUUUUUGACUACCCGGUUUUGUUCCAGCUUUCCAAGAAGCUAGAGUCUACUGGCUCGGGGACGGGUGAUGACGAGCUUCAGGUCGAUGAGUACAACCCAUUCGAGCUUCUUUCACUGGAGGACCCGCAAGACUUCAUUCAACGAGAGGUUUGCUCACAGCUCAACGUCUCAUUUGAGUCAAUCCAGGACAUGUACCAGUGUACACAGAUGCAAAAGUCCUUCCUCUUCAGUCCUGGGACUGGUUCCCCACGACCUCUCACGCCUUUCUACAUUGACUUCCCAGUCGACUCAGACCCAGUCGACUCAGACCCAGCCACUCUUGUCAGGGCCUGCCAAUCCCUCAUUCAGCGCAUCGACAUGUUCAGAACAGCCUUUGUGCUAGCUUCAGGUCAGCUCUGCCAAGUGGUUCUGAAGCAUCUCGUCGUGCCGAUUGAGACGAUUGUCACUAACCAAAACGUCAACACUGCCACCAACGAUUUCCUAGAUGAGCAUGCCCAGGACCCCAUUCGUCUUGGAGAGUAG